UGCGGGUGGGACUGGAGAGGGUAUCCGCUAAGCUGCACGAAGAAGAAAGUUUGAGGAAAGAUGCACGAAGAGGAGGAUAGCAGCGAGCCGAAUUCCGGCCCAGGUCCUCGGCUUGAAGCCUCCACCAGAGCGGCCGGCGACGGAGUCGACGGGGAGGUGCCGAAGGAGCCGACGUCCAGGUUGUGUGGCUUCUUGGACAAACUGUCUGGCAAGGGGCCCCUGAGGGGGUACAAGCCUCGCUGGUUCGUCUACGAUCCCAGGAAAUGUUAUCUCUAUUACUUCAAGAGUCCCCAGGACGCUUUGCCUCUGGGCCACAUUGAGAUUGGCGACGCGUGCUUCAGCUACGACGUGGAGGCAGAAGAGGGACAUUUUGAGAUCAAUACGGCCGGGAAGGAGUUUCUGCUCAAGGCCCCCAGCAAACAGGUGAUGCACUUCUGGCUGCAGCAGCUCCAACAGAAGCGCUGGGAGUUCAGUAAUACACGGGGACAGAGGAACAGCUGGAGCUCUCCCACAUUAGCCAACCCUAUCAGUGGACUUGUUGCCAAAGACAACGAUGCUUUCCUCUUUGAGAAGCUCAGCGACAGCAUGGAGAAGGUCCGAAGUGACUUUGCCAUGGAGUCUGAGACAGAAGCCGGUGGUACAGUUCGGAUCCAAUCACCCAGAGGCACUGCUACUUCCACUAAUACCCUUAAUUUCUCGCUCAAGAACUUUGGUACCGAGCUCAGGAAUUCCAUGUCCUAUCUGCGACCAGGUAAGGGAGCAGAGAGCAAACGCAGUGUGUUUUAUACUGGCAGCAACAGUACCGCAGAAGAGUGGGAGCUGGUAGAGGCUCCACCGAAAGACUUCCACGAACAUAAACAUCCUCCAGACGCUCACAGACAUUCCUUUGGAUCAGGAUUUGAUUUUGUUCGCAACUCGUCCAAGCCCAAGAGGCCUCUUCUCCGCGACAUGAUUGGCUCCGGGAGGUUUGGCCGCAGCGCCGAGAGCUCCCCGGUGGAGUUUAACGGCAAAUCUUUGGAAAUGCAACUUCGCCUCCAAAGCCAGCAGGAAGACGUGUGUCGCAUGCAACAGGAACAAGCCAAACUCAAGGAGGAGCUUGCCAGUCAGAAGGAGCUUGUGAGACUUUUGCAUCAGACCUUGAGAACAUCCCAGUGCGAUCGCCAGCCAGCCCACCGCCCAGUUCCAGGUCCAGAUCAGUCAUCUACAGAGUCUGAUCAGACUCACCAUCCGGCGGCCAGUCCGGAGGAGGUUGCACGUUUAGAGGCCCAGGUUCAGGAAAAAGAUGGACAGAUCCAGUCCCUGUCUGGCCACAUGGAGCGUCUGGCCUUGGAGAAGGAAAGCCUGCAGCAAGAAUUAAGGGGUCUGAAAAUCAAGGUUGGGGAGAUAAAUGACCAGCUGGGCAUGCUGAUGGAGACCAUCCAGGCCAAAGAUGAAGCCAUCAUGAAGCUGUCGCAGCAGAGCUCCGAGCAGAGCGGGACUCCAAAUGAUGGCUCACCGCCUCCCGGGAAAGAGCAGCAGGAACUGGACGUCCUCAAGGACAGUCUUCAAGGCUAUAAAACUCAAAACAAAUUCCUGAACAAAGAGAUCCUGGAGCUGACAGUUUUACGCCGAAACGCUGAAAGUCGUGAGAAAGUAUUGGAAGCAAAGUACACAGCGUUAGAGGCCAGACUGUGUCAGGUGGAGAGUAAAUAUCUGGUGCUCCUACAAGAGAUGAAUAACCCAGUGUGCUCGUCUUCAGAGCAGAGUCCUGCCCGGGAAGUCAUCUCCAGAUUGUUGGAGGAUGCUCUCCAGCUGGAGAGCCCCGAACAGGAAGGGCAGACUGUCUUGAGACCAAAUACUGUCAGCGAGUACGACGUGUACGGCUUCAAGACGUUGCCUGAGGAGGAGGAAGAAGAGGAGCGCCUGGUCGCCAAAGUCAGAGCCCUGGAGCUCAAGUCCCUCUCCAUGACGGAGCAGGAGGUGUCCGUCGGCGUCAAGUGGGAGAACUAUCUGGCCGGCACCAUGAACCGGAACUUGGUGCGUUCCCCCGAGCUCAAGGCGCUGAUUCGCUGCGGUAUUCCCCACGAACAUCGCUCCCAGUUGUGGCGCUGGUGCGUCUCGGUCCAUGUCAAGAAGUUCCGGGAUCACCUGGUGGCCGACUACUAUGAGACUUUAUUAAACGUGGCACGUGACAAGCCCAACCCUGCUUCGAAGCAGAUUGAGCUGGAUUUGCUGCGGACUUUGCCCAACAACAAGCACUACUCCUCUCCCAGUGCCACCGGCAUCCAGAAUCUCAGGAAUGUUCUGGUGGCUUUCUCCUGGAGGAAUCCCGACAUCGGAUACUGUCAGGGACUAAACAGGCUGGCAGCUAUUGCGUUGCUGUAUCUGGACCAAGAAGAUGCCUUUUGGAGCCUCAUAGCCAUUGUGGAGGUGUUCAUGCCAAGAGAUUAUUACAGCAAGACUCUGCUCGGCUCGCAGGUGGACCAACGCGUGUUCAAGGACUUGAUGAGCGAGAAGCUGCCGCGGCUCCACGCCCACUUUGAGCAGCACAAGGUCGACUUCUCCCUCAUCACCUUCAACUGGUUCCUGGUGGUGUUUGUGGACAGCGUGGUCAGCGACAUCCUCUUCAAGAUCUGGGACGCCUUCCUUUACGAAGGGCCCAAGAUCAUGUUUCGCUACGCUCUCGCCCUCUUCAAAUACAAAGAAGAGGAGUUCUUAAAGUUGCAGGAUUCCACCACCAUCUUCAAAUAUCUCCGAUAUUUCACGCGCACAAUCCUCGACUCUCGGAAACUAAUGAACAUAGCUUUUGUGGACAUGAACCCGUUCCCGAUGAGGCAAAUCCAGAACCGGCGGGCCUUCCACCUGGAGAAGGUCCGCUUGGAGCUGACUGAGCUGGAGGCCAUCAGGCAGACCUUCCUGCGGGAGAGGGAGACGUCCCAGGACCGCCGCAGCUUCGUCAGUGAUGACGACGAGGAGAACUGAAAUCCCGCUGGUCAGACUUUGGACGCAACAAGAAUGUUCUUGUCUUCCUUCGUACUCAGUUUGCUUUGUAUCGUAGUUGGACCAAUCAACUUGUGGACCAAAAUAUCACAGCCUAUCAGUAUUCCUGCCUUUUUCUUGUGUGUUUCUCGCUUGUGUGUUUUUACAAUACAACUCCUCUGAAGCAUGCUGUCCAAAUCAGUAUUUUUUUUUUUUUUUUUUUUCAAUUGUGACUGUGACAUUUUAUAUGUACAGGUGAAUUUCAGUUAAUAAAAAUAUUGUGGAAAGUUUUUAUUUUAGUAGUCCGAUUAAAAAAGUGAAACUGCCGUUUAUACAGAUUAACUGUAUGGUGAAAUGUUUAUUUGUAAUCCUUUCAUCUGUUAAAAAGCUCGCAAAUCAUCAUUUCAAGAAACUAGAAAUAAAAAAAUAUGUACCUAAAAUCAUUUUAAUAUCAAAAUUAUCCAUCUUAAUCUGCAAAUAAUUUUGUUUUAGAUGUAUAUUUUAUUCAUUUUGGGGGCCAUCAAUGAGUUUCACAUUUUCAAUUCAACUACUGAAAUAAAUGAACCUUGAUGAUAUUCACAUUUUUAUGGAUGGACCUGUAUGCUGCAAGUGUUUUUAUGCCUUUUUAUUUACAUUUAAACACCAUUCAAUUGCUUAUUUGAAAGCAAACAACUGUUUUGAAAUUGCUUGGGCCUUUCAUUGGAUUCUGCUGCAUACAUUAUUUAGUCAAAUCUAAACUUUGUUAUUGUUUUAGAUUAGAUUGACACCUCUGAAAAUUGCACUUUUUCCUGUUUUGUGGCGAUUUUAUGUGAUUGGAUGUGUGGAACAUUUUGGACCCCUCAAAAUAAUACCUACAAAAAGUGCUUUUUUUUUUGUUGCUAUUUUGGGGUCAGUCUAGAGCACCUGAUGCGUGUCAAUGGUUUCCUGGUGUUUGUUUGUAUUCAUCAGUUUGACGAAUUUGUUCAUGUGACAUAAAAUGUCUUAAUUUCACGACAAACGGUUUGUCUUAUCUCCAUUUCUAGCUGGACAGCAGGAGGAGCUGCUGGGGUUGUUUGAGCUGCUGCUGCUGCUUAUGUAGUUUGAGUGCAUGUCCUCAAGGUGGCACUGCAGUGCAUACUGUAUUCAAUCUUGUUGAAUUUUGAAUGAAGUUGUUAACUGUCCUCCAGCUUCAUAUGAAAAUUGUUGUUCUGUUAUGGAAGUCUUUGAGUGGCACUUUCUUUCUUUUGCAAUGGUUCCAUCCCACUCUCGGGAUCACGUUAAAGUCACAUUUCACACCCCCGGCAAUUAUCUUUGGAAGAAACAAAUGUGGUUUUGGUCCCUUUUUAGGAUGUACCAACACAUUUUCCCCCCAAUUGACUGCUUUUGUUUGUGUGUAUAUGUAUAUAUAUAUUUUUUUUUUUUUUUUUUUUUGGGGGGGGGGCAUGUUUUUCUUAUUUCUGUGCGGUACAGUAGUCCAAUCAGCCACCUUUUUGUGACAUCUUUGUUUUGGUUUGGAUUUUUUUUUUAAUGCAUGAGAGCAGGUCUCCCUUCACCAUUGGCAAGGAAGAUGUCACAUUGUGAGAUUUACUCAAAAAAUGUAAUCCCCAAUUUGGCCCAUCUGCAUGUUGUUUUUGUUUUCACACACCGGCCACUUUAUUCUUCAACUACAAUAAGCUACACUCAAAAUGACUUCAUUGUUUAGUCGUGUUGCCAUUUUUAUUUGUUCCUUCACUUGAGUGUAACCUUUUCCUGUCGUUGCUGUCUGUGUGAAAGGUACGUCAUAGUUUGUCAUUCCGUUCUGAACGACAAAUUCAUCAAUUGAAAAAAAUAAAUUAA